AUGUCGCAGUUUCCUCCUAGCUCGAAAAUACUUGUAUCCUCCGAUGGAACAAAGAUCUAUGCAGAUGCUUCUGGAGAUCCGAGCAAGCCGAGUAUCAUCUUCGUCCAUGGACAAGGGCUGAGCGGUGCUGUAUUUGACAAGAUUUUCUCGGAAAAGCGGUACACAGAGCAUUUUUAUCUGGUCCGAUAUGAUAUGAGAGCGCACGGACGGAGCGACAAACCAACUACAGAGGAAGGUUACACUUCAAACCUCUUCGCGGACGACUUUGCAGCCGUCAUGAAAGCAUUCAACCUUUCGUCUGUCCCUGCAGCGGCCAUUUGUGUUGACAUAGCCGCUAACUUCUCCGAAAACCCUCUGGCCGGUGUUGUCUACCUCUCCGGGCUGCCCUACGUCGGCCCGAUUAUCCAAAAAGUCGCAACUCCCGAAGUACUCGGCAUGGUCCCGGGCCUCACAUCCGAAGACUCCAUUGCAACAGCUCUCUCCACAACGCGUGCGUUUGUCGAUUCGCUUUUCCUAGAUGCUGCGAAAACUCCAUGGGAACUACAAGUCUUGUGGUUCGGCAUGACCGGGAUACAACGUCCUUUACACCGCCAACUCUCAUUAACCCGUCAACAAGACCCAUCACGAUUUUUUGAACUCGGAAAACAGGGUCUCCCGCUUGUCGUCCUUGGCGGAAAGCACGAUAGGCAAAUAAUGAGCAACGUCGUCGCUGAUGAGAUGCGACCAUAUUUCAAGAAUAUUGAAGUUCAUUUAAUUGAGAAGGGUGGAAGCCAUGCAGUUUUUUUCGAGAACCAAGAUGAAACAAUGGAUAAGAUUAUAGACUUCACCCGGAGAGUCAUUGGCCACGGAAAUGUAUGUAAAUUUAACUUAAGCCUCUGUAGAGAUUCAACCUCGUUGAUCCUUUUUUUUUCCUAG